AUGAAAGAAGUGCAAAACUCAUUUCUUGAUCAACGACCUGAUCAUCAUCAUGAUCAUCAAGAUCAUGUUUUUCUUGGUGCGGAGGGUUCGGACUUGACAAUGUGUACGGAGAUUCUGGGCUCAGAGAGCGGCGAUUUCAUGGUGGCCGAGACUCUGUGGACGGCGAUGGCCGAUGAAGACGUCCGAUCAGGAAUAUCGUCGUCUUCUUCUUCUUCUUCUUCAGCAUUAAAACUGAGAACGACGUCGUCAAUGCUGAGGAAACAGAGGCUGAUGAAGAAUUUGGCGCCAAUGCUGCCAUUGCUGUCCACGCUGGACAUGUACGGACGGCCAAGAUUCACUCUGGAAAGGAAAACGAGGAUGAUGAGCGAAGGACGGCUCUUGAUUUCUAUAGACAAGGAGCAGCGCCCCAGGGCUGUGCCGCCUAAUGGGAAGCGGAGGAGCACUAGCAGUAGUAUCAGUAAAAAGCUAGUGCUUUCUUACAAUUCAGACUCUGAUGAGGAAGAAGCUGAAGAAGAAGAAGAUGAUGAUGAUCGAGAAGAUUCGGAAAAGAAACGAGAGGACUUCGCAGUCGCAGAGAGAGAUCAGAGGUUGAUGAUGAGGAGGAGGGAUUUCCCGCCAUUAUUGUUUACACUGAAUGGGAACGGACGGCCAAGAUUCGCUAUGAAGAAAGUCAGGAGCGAUGGACGGCUCUUGAUUUUUGUGGAGAAUAACUAA